AUAGGUUAUCGCUGGGAAAAUACGAGUUUUCUGUUUUGACAAAACUGGGACAUUGACAAAAGAGGGACUCGAUUUUGUUGGAGUUCAGAGUGUCGUCACUAACUCCUUUGGACCAGUUUUAUCACUUGAAGGUGGUCAAAGAAUUGAUGAUAUUGUUUUGCAUGGACUUGCCACAUGUCAUGCUGUUACAAAGUUCGGAAAGGACUUGGUUGGAAACCAGGUUGAGGUGAAAAUGUUCUCAGCUGUGGGAUGGAAUUUGAUAGAGUCCGCAAAGAGUCCCCCAGUCGUUUCAGAUGGUUCCGGAUCACGGACCUUUAGAAUCGUGAGACGAAACGAGUUUGAUCAAUCGAGAGCAACAAUGAGUGUUGUUGUGGAGGACAACUCUGGAAACUUUCACAUCUACUGCAAGGGUUCUUUCGAAAAGAUUAAGGAGCUGAGCAACGCUCAAAGCCUUCCAGCGGACUACGAGGACAGAGCACGGCUUCAAGCUCUGCAAGGUUGUUAUGUUCUUGGUUUAAGCUACAGAUACCUUGGCCGAGAACUGGCAUUUGAAGACAUGUUAGCACUACCAAGGAAUGAGUUGGAGAAGGACCUAUAUUUUAUAUCUCUGGUCUUGUUUAGGAACGAGCUAAAGCCGGAUAGCUCUGCAGCUAUUCAUUCUCUCAAAGCUGGAAAGCGUGGUAUGGUCUCCACUGAGUAG